AAGCUGCUGAGGAGGCGGUGCGGCGGGCCCGGGCGGCCGAGGCUCGGGAGGGGCGGCGCGGGGAGGCUGGCAGGCGGCGCCGGCGGGGCGGGGAGAGCGGCGCGGCGGGCUGGGCGCUCCCGGCUAGAGGAGUCCGCUCCAUGCCUGCGGGCCGAGGCCGGCCCCUGCGAGCCGCCGACAUGAAGAAAGACGUGCGGAUCCUGCUGGUGGGAGAACCUAGAGUUGGGAAGACGUCACUGAUUAUGUCUCUAGUCAGUGAAGAAUUCCCAGAAGAGGUUCCUCCUCGGGCAGAAGAAAUCACCAUUCCAGCUGAUGUUACCCCUGAGAGAGUUCCAACGCACAUUGUAGAUUACUCAGAAGCAGAACAGAGUGAUGAACAGCUUCAUCAAGAAAUAUCACAGGCUAAUGUCAUCUGCAUAGUUUAUGCUGUUAACAACAAGCAUUCCAUUGAUAAGGUAACAAGUCGAUGGAUUCCUCUCAUAAAUGAAAGAACAGACAAAGACAGCAGGCUGCCUUUGAUAUUGGUUGGGAACAAAUCUGACCUGGUGGAAUAUAGUAGUAUGGAGACCAUCCUUCCUAUUAUGAACCAGUACACAGAAAUAGAAACCUGUGUGGAGUGUUCAGCAAAAAAUCUGAAGAACAUAUCAGAGCUCUUCUAUUAUGCACAGAAAGCAGUUCUUCAUCCUACAGGGCCCCUGUACUGCCCAGAGGAGAAAGAGAUGAAACCAGCCUGUAUAAAAGCCCUUACUCGUAUAUUCAAAAUAUCUGAUCAAGAUAAUGAUGGUACCCUCAAUGAUGCUGAACUCAACUUCUUUCAGAGAAUUUGUUUCAACACUCCCUUAGCCCCUCAAGCUCUGGAAGAUGUCAAAAAUGUGGUCAGAAAACAUAUAAGUGAUGGUGUGGCUGACAGUGGAUUGACACUGAAAGGUUUUCUUUUUUUACAUACACUUUUUAUUCAGAGAGGGAGACAUGAAACUACUUGGACUGUGCUUCGACGAUUUGGUUAUGAUGACGAUCUGGAUUUGACACCCGAAUAUUUAUUCCCCUUGCUAAAAAUACCUCCUGAUUGCACCACUGAAUUAAAUCAUCAUGCAUAUUUGUUUCUCCAAAGUACUUUUGAUAAGCAUGAUUUGGAUAGAGACUGUGCUCUGUCACCUGAUGAGCUUAAGGAUUUGUUUAAAGUUUUCCCUUACAUACCUUGGGGGCCAGAUGUGAAUAACACAGUUUGUACAAAUGAAAAAGGCUGGAUAACCUACCAGGGAUUCCUUUCCCAGUGGACGCUCACGACCUAUUUAGAUGUACAGCGGUGCCUGGAGUAUUUGGGUUAUCUAGGCUAUUCAAUAUUGACUGAACAAGAAUCUCAGGCUUCAGCCAUCACAGUAACAAGAGAUAAAAAGAUAGACCUUCAGAAAAAACAAACUCAAAGAAACGUAUUCCGAUGUAAUGUAAUUGGGAUGAAAAACUGUGGGAAAAGUGGAGUUCUUCAGGCUCUUCUUGGAAGAAACUUAACGAGGCAGAAGAAAAUUCGUGAUGAUCAUAAGUCGUACUAUGCAAUUAACACUGUUUAUGUCUAUGGACAAGAGAAAUAUUUGUUGUUGCAUGAUAUCUCAGAAUCGGAAUUUUUGACUGAGGCUGAGAUCCUUUGUGAUGUUGUGUGCCUGGUAUAUGAUGUCAGUAACCCUAAAUCCUUUGAAUACUGUGCCAGGAUUUUUAAGCAACACUUUAUGGACAGCAGAAUACCUUGCUUAAUCGUAGCUGCAAAGUCAGACCUGCAUGAAGUUAAACAAGAGUAUAGUAUUUCACCUACUGAUUUCUGCAGGAAACACAAAAUGCCUCCGCCACAAGCCUUCACUUGCAAUACUGCUGAUGCACCCAGCAAAGAUAUCUUUGUUAAAUUGACAACGAUGGCCAUGUACCCAGAGGAUCAUUACAAAGACAGACUCUACCGAGACAUGGGCAGCACUGAUAGAAUAGAGAAUUUGAGAAAAAUCUGGGUCUUUCUAAAAACUGCUUUCCAUGCCCGGUUACGCUGUAUGUGCACCUGCAACAGGUGUACCUUUUGCAUCUGUCAGAGCUUCCUCAACUCAGACUUGCUGCAAUCUGUAAAGAACAAAAUCUUCACUGCAGUUCUUAACAGUUUUAGUUCUGCCCUUUAGAACAACAUACGACUAUUCUACUCCCUCUUCAACAUAGCAAUCCUUCAGACAUUUGAAGACGGCCAUCAUGUCUCCCCUAAUUUUCUCUUCUCCAGGUAGAACAUCCCCAUUUCUUUCAGCUGUUUCUUAACUUAGUCGGUUUAGUGACCUCAUCAUUUCUCGUUUCCCUCAUCUGAAAGCCCCUUAGGUGUUCAGAGUACCUCUUAACAAGCGCCCCUGAGAAUGGAGAAUGGUGCUUCAAGUGUAAUCUGACUUUCCAUAACGGUGGGCAGUCAUGUUCCACAGUUAGGCCAGCACCUGUCUACUGCAUGAACUCACUGUGUAGAAGCCCCAACCCACUGUGGAUGUGUAUUAAUCUUGGGGUUAACUGAAAUCAGAUUGUUUUUCCUGUGAAGUGCUAUGAAAGCAGUGUCCCCUCCCUAAUUGUGUCUUUGACGUUAUUAGUUGGCCCUCUGAAUCUAACUGCAGAUACAUAUAUCUCUCUAUUAAAUGUCAUAUUCUUUUCAGUCCAUUUGUUCUAGCUCAGUCAUUUCGGACAUUGUUUCUGUCAUUUGUCCCAUUAUAUAUCUUUCUCAGCAUUGUGUUAUUUGCAAAUUUGGUAGCUAUGUUUUUUAUCUUUCAAGUUAGUGAUAAAAAGUAAUGUUGAAUACCCAGCAACUAGAGAGUGAGGUUGAUCAAGCCAGCAAACCCUUUAGUGCUCUACUAGAGAACUCUUUUCCCAGUGACACAGAUUCAGAAUUUUGGGGGAAAGAUUAUUCUGCCAAUUAAAAAUAUUUUAUUAUCCAGCCCAUGUUUUACCUUGUUAUCUUACAGGAAAUUUCAUGGAGAGCUCUUUUGAAAUCAUUACAGUUUCUACCACAUUCCUCUGAUCUACCAAUGUGUUAAUUUUAUCAAAAUAGAAAGUGACAUCUAUUUGGUGUCUUAUUCUUGAUGAACUUACCCUGGCUCCUAAUAAUUGCUGAUCAUAAACCAUCUGUUUCCUUCUAGAAGCUCUCGAUUGUACAUAAUUGCAGAUUGAUUUGUUGUCUGCAUCUUCAGUGACAGUUUUAGUUUUAGGUUGGUUUAGUCAGCUUCCCAGUGAAAGAGGUUGGGUGUGCAUUAUUGGAUGAGAUUGCUCAUCAUAAGUUGCUCUGUAUAGUGAUCCUUGAAGAAGAAUCAGUACAUUUUGUCAUGCCUGCUUAUAAACUAGAAAUAAUUUAAUGGUAAUGUCAGCAUACAUCACUUACAUCUGGUAAUCAAGAAGGGAAAGAUUGAAAAAGAUGAGGAGGGGAACCCCUGCACUUUUCAAAGAACUCCUUCCUCUUCCCUAGUAGGUAUUUCACUAAUUUAUUUUCUAGAAGUCCAGUGGAAAUUUAUGAGUUCCAUAUUGAAGUUUCUUCGAAUUCACAAAAGGAUUGUUAGAUGAGGUAGGCGAGGGUGGAAGCCAAAAAUGGAAAUGCCUACAGGGCCUGGAUGGAUAAUGUUAAUGAAAGAAGGUGGCCAAGGAGAAGUAAGAGAGGUGGGGACAAUGACAGGUCCUGUCUGAAAGAGGCAGCCGUGUCUCAGCUCCAGCUGUUGGUCGUUGUCCAAGUGUGAUGUUGCCAGGACUUCUGAUUCUCUGACAUCAGAUGUCGGGAUUUUUAUAUGAAAAUUCCUGCUGUUUAAAUGAAAGCAAUGAAAUAUUAAAAAGUUAAAGUAUUAAUCAGAACAAAGAAGACAUGUUUGCAGGCCACCAGUUUGUAACUUCAGUCUUAAGACAUAGCCUAGAGUUGUGAAAAUGCAGGCCAAAAAUAAAUAAAUAAAUAAGUACACCUAAGGAAUGAAACGGAGAA